AGUAUAGGAUUUGAAUGCUAAAACAAGCUGCUGAGGUCCAAAAAUGAUAAAUUGGUUGUUGUGUUUGAGGUCCAGAGUUUAUAAUAUCUACAAGACGUAUUUGUAUUCCCCCGUUUGUUUACUUUUUCACCGGCCUGCCACAUGGUGGAGGUAGAGGACCAAGCCCCUCUGAUGCACGACGGGGUUCUAUAGAACAAGAAGAAGCUAGGUGUGUGCGCAGUGUGCGUACAUGUCUGACGGAUAAAAAAAAGCCAGACUUAGAAAUAUCCGUUGAUUUGAUUUCCUCUUACCUGGUGUUCUAUCGUUUAUUUCCUCGUUUCCUACGCGAUCAUUUUUAUCAAUUUCUUAACUACUUCAUGUUCCGUGCAGCUGCAUGCAAACGUUUGUGUUUACGAUUGCACACAAUGCAACGGAAUGCUAGCAGGCUAAUGGUUGGCUAGCUAUUUGGGUUGUUGUCCCGAAGACAUUACACGGACUGCUGUUAUUACACACCAUGGUGGAUCGGCUGUUGAAGACCUGAAACCCAAACGCAGACACUUUCUGCUGUGAACUUUUUACGGAUAAAAGAGUGCAGGUUGCAUGUCUGAUUUCUGGUCGGACGCACCUUAUCUAAGCAAUUAGCUCACUGCUACAGCCAAACGAAAAACAUUACGGAAUCAUUUCAGGCAGUUUCAUUGCUGUUAACGUUAAGUUAUUUCCAUUAGCACGAGAUUUUUUUUUCAUUUGUGGAAAAUCUGUUGUAUAUUUGAGAAUGUUCAAAAAUUGGGGAAAGCGAAAUAAAUACGGCACGGCGCCAAAGCGCGUUGAAUCAACUAAGACGCGCCAACCCUUCCUGGAUGACAGUGACGAAGAGUCCUUGGCCAGUACCACAAGUGUAAGUUGUUCAGAGAGCGAGUUUGACCCCAGCGGAUCUGACACCUCCAACGACUCGGAUACGAAACGGAAGAGCUCUGACAACAGUGGUGAUAGCAGCGAGAGUGAGGAGAAAGUGGUUUCUCGGACCAGUCGAAAGCGCUCAUCCACAAGUGCCACAGCGCUGAACGACAGCUCAAGUGAUUCAGACAGUGACGUUGAAGUACCUGUCAGAAAAAUAGACAAGACAAAGAGGUUCAAGAGGAUAAAAACAGAUGAAGAUACCAAGCAAACGGACGCUAAACGGAGAGAGCGACAACGCAAACUCGCUGAAUUGGUUGAAAGGAGAAAAAAAGGUGUCUCUAGGUCCCGAAGACGGCGAGCUUCAUCGGAGGAGUCGGAGGCCGACGAACCCAAGAAUCCCAAAGAGGCUAGUGACAAACAAAAAGAUGAAGAGAAAAAAGAGGAGAGUGAAGAAGACCCUGCACCUCCCACAAUGGUGCGAAGCAGUGAUGAGGACAGUGUGUCAGAAAACGACAGUCUCAAAGACUUCAUAGUGGAAGAGGAGGGAAAGGCAGAUAAAAAUGACGGUGAAGACACAGAAAAGACAGAUGUACUCUCUCAGCUUCCAUCAGAGUUUAUUACCAGGUCCCCACUCAUUCACUUUCAAGUGGUGGUCAAAUCUUUGCUGAUAAAUGUCCUGGAUGAGAACUUCUUGAAGUCCCUGUACGAUGGCGAGCGAACCAAGCGCUAUGCAUUGGAGAUGAAGGAGUCUUUGCACUACUUUGACGAGAGGUUGGUCCUCCCGCGGCUGGAGAACCUUAAACUUCGGAGCCGCUGGAAGGAGCGCUACAAAGAGCGCGUCGAAUGCUAUCCGGAAGUGCGUGUAAAACUCACUCAAAGCGGACGAAGGUGUGAGGCUUGCGAGCUAGACCGCACCGGACGUUUCUCCGUGGUGCUUUCCGGGCAGCUCUACCACGCUAAAACUUUGGAGGAGGACCAGUUUAUGCCUGAAGACAAGCAGAGCUUCUGUGUCGGCUCUGUCUGCGCCAACCGAACAGAGGUGUACCACGCGCUAAAGCACUUCAAAUACCAUCUUUUUGUGGGCUGCCGCACAGUGAUAGAGGAACACGCGAAGAAAAUAAAAGAUGGAGAACACGGAGCUGAAGAGGAAGCUGUGAAGGAGACUGUCAAGAAAGUGUUUGCGUCCCUCCUCCAGAACGGCUGGAUCAAUGAGCAAUAUGACAGUCUUCAGGAGCACCUCAACAAGGCAGACUUCUUCCAAGAGGAGAAGUUGGAUUAAACCAUCAAUGAUUUAGAAGUUUUCAAAGCAGACUGGUUUUUGUUGGACUUGAUUAAAAAGAACUCCAUUCACCACACCCACUAACCCAUACAUACAGACACACCUACAUAUUCUUUUUAACAAGGAUUCAAGUUUUACCUUGAUUUUAUCACGUCUUUGGAAGUCAUUCAAUGCUCUUUAUCAUUUAUGCUCUGCUUUCUAAUAAAAUUUAGCCAGUGACCAUUUGUUAUCUUAAUGGCAUAACGUAACUUUACUCUUUUAAGAUCUUUUAAUAGUUCAUGUAGGAUCCUCCCAUUUAUGUAUAGCAGUAAUAAAGUAAAAAGAUAAAUCAA